UAUAUAUAUAAGCAACAGAACAAAACAUGGCAAGUUCCUGAGGUUGUGACCUCGUUGUUUCAGAGAUUGCACUGUCAAGACUCAAUUUAGGCUCAAAAUUUGGCAGUUCCUUCCACUAUUGGUGUCUUUCUAGCAAAACCCAGUUCAUAGAUUCUCCACUCUUUACCCGUUUCUCUCUCUUUCCUGUCACUCUCUCGCUACCCUCAGUUUCUCUCUUCACUGGAACAGGGUGCCAUACAACUUAAGAGCGGAUUUGGAGUUGUGGGUUAUGAGCAAAAUCUGGCCUUUAAUGGAGUUAUGUGAAGAGAUGGGCAUUAGAGCUAUGAAAACUGUGGAUUUUAGCUCUGGUUGGGUUUCUCUCAAAUUUUGUUGACUGUGGAGCUCCCUAUCAGUAGCCAUGUCUCAGACCAACUGGGAAGCUGAUAAAAUGCUGGAUGUGUACAUAUAUGACUAUUUGGUGAAGAGGAAUUUACAGGCAUCGGCAAAAGCGUUUCAGGCUGAAGGAAAGGUGUCUUCAGACCCAGUUGCUAUUGAUGCACCAGGGGGAUUCCUUUUUGAGUGGUGGUCAGUAUUUUGGGACAUUUUUAUCGCCAGAACGAACGAGAAGCACUCUGAUGUUGCUGCAUCUUAUAUUGAGACACAGCUCAUUAAGGCUCGAGAACAGCAGCAACAGUCUCAACAACAGCCUCAGCAGCAGCAACAACAACUACACAUGCAACAGCUUCUAUUACAAAGGCAAGCUCAACAGCAGCAGCAGCAGCAACAGCAACAACAACAACAACAGAAUCAACAACAACAACAACAACAGCAACAACAACAAAGAAGAGAUGGCCAACAUCUUCUAAAUGGCCCAACGAAUGGUCUUGGGGGCAAUGACUCACUCAUGAGGCAGAAUCAGGGAACUGCAAAUGCCUUGGCAACCAAGAUGUAUGAAGAACGUCUGAAAGUGCCACUUCAAAGGGAUCCCCUUGAUGAUGCAUCUAUGAAGCAAAGAUUCGGUGACAAUGUUGGCCAGCUGUUGGAUCCAAAUCAUGCUUCCAUGUUGAAAUCUGCUGGAGGUCCUGGCCAACAUUCAGGGCAAGUUCUUCAUGGAGCAGCUGGGGGUAUGCAGGCAACUCUGCAGCAAGUUCAGGCUCGGAACCAACAAAUUCCUGGAUCAACACAGGAUAUAAAACCUGAAAUUAAUGCCGUAUUGAAUCCAAGAGCUGCAGGCCCCGACGGAUCACUACUCGGAGUACCUGGACCUAGUCAAGGUGGAAACAAUUUGCCUUUGAAAGGAUGGCCUCUUACAGAUACCAAGCUUGGUCUUGUCCUAAAACAAUCAGACGUGGGCCUUGAUCAACUCCGACCAGGUCUUCUACAGCAACAGAAAUCAUUUAUGCAGUCUUCCCAACAAUUCCACCAACUUCAAAUGCUGAGCCCACAACAGCAACAGCAAAUUCUAUUUCAAACUCAGGCCUCACAAAAUUUGAAUUCUACAUCAGCAGUCGAUGACACUAGAAGGUUGAGGAUGCUUUUGAGCAAUAGGAGUAUUGUUCUUGGAAAGGAUGGCCAACCCAAUUCAGUUGGUGAUGUAGUUCAGAGUGUGGGGUCACCAAUGCAAGCUGCAUCUCCUGUUUUGCCCAGAGGAGACCCUGAUAUGUUAAUCAAGAUGAAGAUAGCCCAAUUACAGCAGCAACAGCAACAACAACAACAGCAGCAAAAUAGCAAUCAGCAACAACAACUCCAACAACAAGCCCUCUCAAGUCAGCAGUCACAGAGUAGUAAUCAUCACCUCCACCAACAAGACAAAUCAGGAGCCGGUGGUGUUAGCAUGGAUGGAAGCAUGUCCAACUCUUUCAGGGGAAAUGAUCAGGCGGGUUCGAAGAAUCAAGGUGGCAGGAAAAGGAAGCAGCCUGGAUCAUCUUCUGGCCCUGCAAAUAGCUCAGGUACUGCAAACACUACUGGGCCAUCGCCAAGCUCAGCGCCUUCUACCCCAUCUACUCAUACACCAGGAGAUGUCAUGUCAAUGCCUACAUUACAACACAGUGCUAGCUCAAAUAAACCCUUGAUCUUGUUUGGCUCUGAUGGAACCGGAACUCUCACUUCACCAUCUAACCAGCUGUGGGAUGAUAAAGAUAUUGAAUUGCAGGCUGAUAUGGAUCGGUUUGUGGAAGAUGGGUCUUUGGAUGAUAAUGUCGAGUCAUUCUUAUCGCAUGAUGAUACAGACCCCAGAGAUACAGUUGGUCGGGGUAUAGAUGUCACCAAAGGAUUUUCAUUUACUGAAGUGAAUCAUGUCCGGGCAAGCACGAAUAAGGUGGUGUGCUGCCACUUUUCAUCUGAUGGAAAACUUCUUGCCAGUGCUGGCCAUGAGAAGAAGGCUGUUUUAUGGCAUGUCGAUGGUUUGAAGGCAAAGAGUUCAUUAGAAGAGCAUUCCUUGUUAAUUACUGAUGUCCGUUUUAGUCCAAGCAUGCCACGUCUUGCUACUUCAUCUUUUGACAAGACAGUCAGGGUGUGGGAUGCCGAUAAUCCAAGCUUCUCGGUUCGCAACUUUGUUGGCCAUUCAGCCUCUGUUAUGUCCUUAGACUUCCAUCCAGUUAAGGAUGAUCUCAUCUGCUCAUGUGAUGGAGACAGUGAGAUACGUUAUUGGAGCAUUACCAAUGGUAGCUGCACAAGAAUCUUCAAGGGUGGCAUGAGCCAGAUGAGAUUCCAACCCCGUCUUGGUAGAUAUCUCGCUGCUGCCGCAGAGAAUGUUGUAUCCAUACUGGAUGUUGAGACCCAAGCUUGCCGGAAUACAUUACAGGGACACACAAAGUCUAUACAUUCAGUUUGUUGGGAUCCUUCAGGGGACUAUGUGGCAUCAGUGAGUGAAGACUCAGUUAGGGUUUGGUCAAUUGGUGCUGGGAAUGAUGGGGAGUGUGUCCAUGAAAUGAGCUGCAAUGGCAACAAAUUCCAUUCAUGUGUCUUCCACCCUAGCUAUUCUUCUAUACUGGUUAUUGGCUGCUAUCAGGCAAGUUCACUGAUUUAUGCUUUUGCUCAGCCCAAUUGUCUUUAAGAGACUGAAAACUGGAGCUCAAAAGUUUGGUAAAUGUUUUAAUGAGCAUGACCUGCCUGAUGAACUUCAUGUGAAACGAUUCAAUCCAUUGGGUAUAAUGAAAGUACCUGAUAAGGAAUUUAUAAAAGUUAAGGGCUCUGGGAUUAGGAUGUUGGUAAUUGUUCCAUUGAAGGAAAUGACAAUGUCUAAGGUAAGAGAUGAGUUUUUUGGCAUGAAAGUUGAAGCAAAUGUGGUAAUUUUGGGUGAGAUACCAAGGAAAGCAAAUGACUUCUUUUGGCAUAUUAUAAAAGUGUCGGGUUUGGAAAAGGGACAGGAAAGGGUAGUUUGGAUGGCAUCGAAUUCCUUGUCUGCAAUCUCCGUGAUUUCUGACUACAAUUUCAUGCAUUUAUUGACAGUGGAAUUCUAUCAUAUUGACAGUGGAAUUCUAUUUUGAGGAUCAAGAGAUAAACAGAGAAUAAACAGAGUAAGAUUAACAAAAUAAUUGGAGUUCAGAGUCUUUAAACUUUCCACUUACAUAACAACGAUCACCUUUCAUCCUUUUUUUUCGAAAUCUGGAUCUGCGAAGGUAUUUAAACCUUUUGAAUUUCUUCUUUUUCCUUUUUUGGUCAACCUUCUUCUUUUAUCCAAAAGGGGGACAAGCACAUAGUUUUUCCGAAUCACACUUAAUCUUGAGAUGGGGUUUAUCACAAGAUUUGCCAAGAAUAUACUUAUUUUUCUCCAUCUGUUUGACAAAUUCUACCUGAUUACAUGACCUUCCAAAGCAUGGAGACCAAACUGAUAAAUUUCCUCAAAAGAGACAUUUUGAACUGCCAAUCUUUGAUUUUCCAUAGUUUUUGUUGCUUCUUUUCCAAGAGUAGGAGGAAUAGACUCAAGAUAAAAUUGCUUUAAGUUCACAUCAUCAAUUCCUCCAAUUUUGUGGUAACGCUUAUUCAUUUCAGAAAAAUGUUUUUCUAAAUCAUGUCUCUUAAAAGAACAACACUUAAGCUGAAAAAAUUCUUCACGGGCUGUAAUAUGUUCGGCUUUACAGGGCCAGUAAAUUCAGCUACCAAAUAAUUCAAGAAUUCAACAAUGGAUUGACUGUUUCUCAAUUGUGUUUGACGGUAUUCUCCAAGACUUAAAAUACCAAUCAAACAAUCUUCCCCCAAGUCUUACCAAAACUUUGGAAAUUGUGCUUGCUAAUGUAUUUGCAGGCUUUAGCAUUUAGGCAUGCAUCCAUCCUUGUAUUUCUCGAAAUCUCUCAGUCCAUUUUGAAGGAGGGAUGUCAUCAAUUGUAAACCUUUAGAUGAAUCUCCAUAGGUAGGGUUUUGAGGUCUAGGUUCUUCAUCUAUAAGUGGGUCUGGGUCAGGGUCAAGAGGUUGUUCAAGGGGUCCAUCAUGAACAAGGGGUCUGAAGAAAUAGAGGAAGAAGAGGCUAGAAAACUCGUUGUAUCAGAAGAUUUUGAGACAGAGUCAUAGGAUUGGGUUUCUGUUUGAAGGUUUAACUCAGGUUGUUUGGUAAGGUUUUUUAAGAAUGAACUCACGUCUUCCAAAGGUUCUGACUGGGUAAGGUUUUGUGUGAACACAGAAGAUGCAACAAUAUCAAAAUCAGAAUCUGAUGCUUGAAGCAUUUGAGUAUCAUUUUUAGGAAUGGUUGGGGGUUGUGUCACAGGAGUAGGUUGAGGUUGCUGUUGAGUUACACCAGGAGGUGUAGGUUCAGGUGCCUUAGAAGUACUUGGGAUAGAGACAUUCGGCUUUUUCUUGAGUUGAGGAAAAAACAUUUCCUCUGGGAAACGUCUUUCAUCAUCUAAAGAACUUAAGGACUGAAAGCCAUAAUACCUAGGAGGUAUUAAGCCAGUAGGAGGGUAAAUUGUUCUUGUAGGAGGAAAAGGGUCAGAAUAUCUCAAAGUUGGGUAACUUGGGAUAUAAGGAGUACCUGACAAGGGUUGAAGUUGAGGCAAGUUAGGAGAAGAUAGGUACGAAGUUUGAGGGUACUGAGAUUUCAUCCACAUAUCUUUUUCCAAGCUUUGCAGCUAUGUUUCCAAAAAUGCUUUUUCUCUUUCUUUUGGUGCCAGCAAAUAUGAUUGUAACUGUGUGUCUUUAACAAAAUGGAGAAUCUGCAUUAGCUCCUCAUGCAAAGAUUGUAUCUUUUCUUUCAAAUCAGUAAUUAUGCUAACUAACCCUUUUAACUGAGAAGACAUCAGAUUUUGUUUUUUCUCAAGUCGGAGCAUGGCCAAGUUCUGUGACUUUGCAUUUUCGGCCUGCCAGUUAAGGCUUGCUUCGGCUAGGGAAAUAGUCUUUAAUGUUCCUAAAGAAUCUCUGGUACUAGGGUUUUUUAUUUUCCACACAUGCUUUUCAUGUUCUUGGAUUUUUUCAUAAUCAUGCAAAGGAGGAAAAUUAGUAGCAUAACUAGAUACUUGGGGGUCAAAAGCCAUGCAUUCAGCAACAUCAGGUUUAUCAUCAGGCUUAUCAUCGGGUUUAUCAUCCCAUCCAGUCGGAAUAAUAGGUCCAGAAGGGUAAGGAAUACGAUUGCCAUAAGUAACAUAGUAAUCCUAUUUCCCAGAAGGUUCACCAAGUAAACCAACUGUUGGAUCUCUUUUCAUAUAUCUCUGAUGGAGUUUUUGAUUGGAAGAAAGUUUCUUUUUCUUUUGAGACAAUUUCUUUUCUUUCUUCUCAUCAAAGCUGUCAUCAUCUUGAAUGCAAGUAGGACAAUCACAACAAUCAAACCAAUUAUGUCCAUCCACAGUUUUUUGCUCAUAGAUGGGUUUUCCCGUUUUAUCAAAGGCAAUUACUGGGACUUUUUCAAGAAAUCCUUGGAAUUGGGUAGGGAAAAUCUCUCUGGUGAAGUUAUCAUUGGAUGACUGAAAAUCUAUUUGAAUAGUUCCGUCUGGCAUUCGGGUCAUCCUAGAUUCUGAUUGUAUCACCGCCCGACUCUGGGUUUGUAAAUUCUCAUAAUUUGUAACCCAAGAGGAGGGAAUCAAUUCAAGCAAUCGUGCCCUUGAAAUUUGUCUAGGGAUGUAAUGGCAAACAAGUUGGGAAUUGUUAUCAACUUUGAUGAACAAGGCAGUAUUUUCACAUUCAGGGGGUAAAGGUGUAACAAUGUCAAAAGCAUGAUUCUGCAGUCUGUAUACCAUCUGAUAAUGAAGAGUGGCAACAGUUGCAGUUUCAACUUGUCUGGUUCCAGUAAUUUGAACUUGUACUUUGAAAGCAGAGCUUAGGUGAGGGUCUUUGAUAGGAAUGUUGAAAUUAGGAAAGAAGGUAACAAAAAUGGUGCCAGCAUUAAGAGUUGUUUGGACAGUACCGAUGCAUGAUGCUGGUAUUCUAGAAACCUGGUAUCUAGUAAUACAAUUUUGGUUACAGCUUCCAUUCCUUUCCUACCAUGGAGGGUUAAGGAGUGGAAGGUCUUAAAUCUGGGUUAGAAGAGGUGGUGACAUCUAUAGAAGUAUCUGAAACAUUGUCUUCAGCCAUUUUUCAAAAUUUUUACAGAGUUGACUGUAUGUUUUAAAACAAGCAGGUUAAAACUCCAUUCAAGAAAAAGUUUUAGUUUUAGUUUGUAGAUAAUUGAAAGAUAAAUUGAUUCCUAAAGGUAAAGAUAAAUUUAUGCCCAAAAGUAAAUAUAAGUUCAAUAGGAGUUAUACGUCUGCUUUUUGUUGAAUAUGUUUUUUGGUUGGGGUUUUCAGUAGUAGGAAUUGAACUUGAGAUGUAACUUUGCUAAUAUCAAAUGCUAACCCAUCAAGCCUAGGCCUGAUUCCUGUUAAAUAUGAGUUUUAAAAAUAAGUUCGUAUAAAGUGAUUUAAUGAGAAAUUAAAUUUCCCUUUUUCUAUAUUUGAUGAAAAUUUUAUUUUACUUUGCGUACUAUUUUCUGUUGUACUUUUCUUAAGUUCCCUGAUAUCUUCCCAGGAACUUUGAUAGAAAACCAAAAUUUUCUGAAUCUGCUAAGAGCUUACCUUCCCCAAAACUUUGGUCCAAAUUGGACUGAUUGAGCCAGUUUCUCCUACCGAAAUCAUGAAUUCAGCUUAGACCCAGUUGGCCAUCUGCCUGCUCUUAUUGGUUACAGACACCAGAUUAAGCCUCUACUAAUUAGCUUUGUGUGUGUGUGUGUAAGAGAGAGAGAGAGA